UUGUAGCCAAAGGCGCUACUCUCAAGUCUCACCCUAUAAAAAUUGCUGUUAAGCAAGAGCCACGUUCUUCAUUGCAAGCAGUAGUUAAAAAAAAAAGGCAAAGGAAAAGAAUCAAACUAUUCAACAGUUGUUUUGGUUCCUUUUCCUUGGUUUUUUUAAAAAAAAUCAAAACCCUGUUGUUCCCAUCUCUUUGUUUUUCACGAAAUCCAAGGCUUAUUCAGAUAUGGCCUCUUCUUUGACAUCCAAUGAUUUUCAAGAGGAGAAUGAAUGGGGGAUAUGCAGGAGUGGAUGAUGAAGAUGCAGGGAGAGGUUUGGUUUCUGAUGAAAACGCUCUGCAAAAACAUGUAGCAUUCUUUGACAGAAACAAUGAUGGCAUUAUUUAUCCAUGGGAGACUUUUCAAGGUUUUCGAGCAAUAGGGGCUGGAUAUUUAUUGUCACUCGCCAGUGCGUUCUUAAUCAACCUUGGUCUCAGUCGUAAAACUCGCCCUGGAAAAGCGUUUUCUCUUGAAACUCUUAUGCUUGGCGUUGAGGUUAAAAAUAUCCAUAUGGCGAAGCAUGGGAGUGACUCUGGUGUAUAUGAUAGUAAAGGAAGGUUUGUGUCGUGGAAGUUCGAAGAAAUCUUCGCCAAAUUCGCUCGCACUCAUUCGGAUGCCUUAACAUCCGAUGAACUGAAGGCAAUGCUUAAGGCUAACAGGGAACCCAAGGAUUACAGGGGAUGGGUUGCUAGCUGGACGGAGUGGAUAACUCUAUACAAUUUGUGCAAAGACAAGGAAGGAUUAUUGAAGAAGGACACAAUUAGAGGUGUUUAUGAUGGAAGCCUGUUUCAACAAAUGGAAAGGGAAAAAUUAGCAGCUGCCGGUAAAAAGAAAGAGUGAUUCAUUAUUUUCCGACUACCAUGCUCUUACAUAUCCAUUUGCAUUGGGCUUGAUUUUUAUUAUGAAUUUGUUUUGAUGAGAUGUAAAUUUAAUUGAAACUAUUAAGAUAUAUUGUUUCACCCAUUCUAUAUCAAUUUUAUCUCACAUGUUCACAUCCA